UUUUCUCUUUUUUAUUAAACAGAAAAUACACACAAACACAAUGGAUUUCGAAGACGACCAUCACAGGUACCAAUCGAGUGACGAGGAAGACUUUCAGGAGUCCCUAGAUAAGGCCGUAACUUUACCAAAGCCAAUCUUCCUGUGGCGCGAUACAGCGGCCAUAAAACCGGCUACUACUACUACUGGAUCAACUUCAACAUCUUCAUCAAUAUCCAGCCCAAAAUCAUGUUCUACCUUGAUCAUUGGAACAGCGUUUGGUGGUAGUGCGCUGUUGCAUACGAUCAAAGAAAAGACCUUAUUGGGCUCCAUUAUCUUGCCAGGCAUUGACUUGAAAGAAAAUAAUGCUGAUAUUAAUUCGCCAAGGAACGCUAAUUGCAAUAUUUACGAGCUGAAUUCAGAUCCUACAGUGAUCUUUAUCCCAUGCAACUACGAAGUCAAAGACAAGGAUAGCCUUAAUUUCGCAAGGGCUAUCUUACAAAACAUUCAAGCAACCAGGAUUAUUAUCCUCGACACGUUUUCACCAUCUUCAUAUUUUACAGGAUCAGCGAAUGUGGAGUAUAAUUACCCAUGGCUGAGGUUGUUACAAACAACUGGCUCAACCAUUGUUAAUGAGAUCCCUACACUCGAAGUACCAAAUUUGGUUCAAAACCUUAGUGCCGCGCUCAUGUCAUAUUGUGAGGUGCGAGGAAUGACUAACACAUAUUUACUUCUCAGUCUUCAAGAGUUUAUCUACGGAAAAGUGCUGACAACGUCUGGGACAUUACGUGGCUUGAAAGAAGGGUUGGCUAAUCUUGGAUGUCCCGUGGUGGCGAACCAAGUUGAUGUGGCUAGUGCUGUGCGAUUGAUCCAAGAUAAGCGCGUAGGCUCGAAUCGCAUAAGAGAUGAUCGCCUUUAUGCGUAAUGCCAAAAAAUAAAAAUAAAAAAAGGAGGCAAAUCCAACGCCCAUCCAUUAUGAUUAAGCACAAGUAGCCAGAGAUAAAUAAAUAAAUAAACAAUAAUAUCUAC